GAGGCACCGCAAACAAACCCAAUUCCUGGUGUCCCCUAGUCUUGGCGGAGGAGCCUUUUAGAUGAGCUCAGAAAGGCCGGGCAGGGAAGACAAGCUCUUUGGGGCUACCAAAAAGAAGCAGCAAUGCCUGUUGUGUGGCCAACACUUUUGGAUCUCAGCAGGGAUGAAUGCAAAAGGAUUCUUCGAAAAUUGGAAUUGGAGGCAUAUGCUGGAGUUAUCAGUGCACUUCGGGCACAGGGAGAUCUCACCAAGGAAAAGAAAGAUCUUCUUGGAGAACUCUCAAAAGUUCUUAGCAUCUCAACAGAACGCCACCGUGCUGAAGUUCGGAGAGCAGUAAACGAUGAACGGUUAACAACAAUUGCACAUAAAAUGAAUUUAUCCUUAUAUUUGGGUGAAAGACCAAGUUACAGUAUGUCUGGACCUAAUAGCUCCUCAGAAUGGUCCAUUGAAGGUCGUCGAUUGGUACCCCUGAUGCCCCGGCUGGUUCCCCAAACUGCCUUCACUGUAACAGCUAAUGCUGUUGCCAAUGCAGCUGUUCAGCACAAUGCAUCUCUUCCAGUGCCUGCAGAAACAGGAAGCAAGGAAGUAGUGGUUUGCUAUUCCUACACAAGUACCACGUCAACCCCAACCUCUACCCCUGUUCCAAGUGGCAGCAUAGCAACGGUUAAGUCUCCAAGACCUGCCAGUCCUGCCUCCAAUGUAGUUGUCUUGCCAAGUGGAAGUACUGUUUAUGUCAAAAGUGUUAGCUGUUCAGAUGAAGAUGAAAAACCCAGAAAACGAAGGCGAACAAACUCUUCUAGCUCCUCCCCUGUUGUCCUUAAGGAAGUUCCAAAGGCUGUCGUUCCGGUCUCAAAGACGAUCACUGUGCCUGUGAGUGGCAGUCCUAAGAUGAGCAACAUCAUGCAGAGCAUUGCCAACUCCUUACCACCCCACAUGUCUCCUGUGAAAAUAACCUUCACCAAACCAUCAACACAGACAACAAACUCAACAACACAGAAGGUUAUUAUAGUGACCACAUCACCAAGUUCAACCUUCGUGCCCAACAUUCUCUCCAAAUCCCAUAACUAUGCAGCAGUCACUAAGCUUGUACCAACAUCAGUCAUUGCUUCCACAACUCAGAAGCCACCAGUGGUUAUAACUGCUUCACAGUCCUCUCUGGUCAGUAGUAGCAGCAGUGGCAGCAGCAGUUCUACACCAUCACCUAUUCCUAAUACAGUUGCAGUAACAGCUGUGGUUUCUUCCACACCAUCUGUGGUCAUGUCAACAGUAGCACAAGGUGUAUCUACGUCAGCAAUCAAAAUGGCAUCAACCAGACUUCCUUCUCCCAAAAGCUUAGUGGGUGCCCCAACUCAGAUUCUUGCACAGUUUCCUAAACAGCAUCAGCAGUCUCCUAAGCAGCAGUUACAUCAAGUGCAGCAACAGACACAGCAACAGGUGGCCCAGCCUUCUCCAGUAUCUCAUCAGCAACAGCCUCAGCAGUCUCCUUUGCCACCUGGUAUCAAGCCUACCAUUCAAAUCAAACAGGAGUCAGGUGUUAAAAUCAUCACACAACAAGUUCAACCAAGUAAAAUCUUACCCAAACCAGUGACAGCAACUCUGCCUACCAGUAGCAAUUCCCCUAUUAUGGUGGUUAGCAGUAAUGGUGCAAUUAUGACAACUAAACUGGUAACCACUCCUACUGGCACACAGGCAACCUAUACUCGGCCAACAGUGAGCCCAUCUAUAGGUCGGAUGGCUGCAACCCCUGGAGCUGCAACCUACGUGAAAACUACCAGUGGUAGCAUUAUUACAGUAGUACCCAAAUCAUUAGCUACCUUGGGGGGCAAGAUAAUUAGCAGUAAUAUAGUUUCUGGAACGACUACCAAAAUCACUACAAUCCCCAUGACUUCCAAGCCCAAUGUGAUUGUUGUGCAAAAGACUACAGGAAAAGGAACGACCAUUCAAGGCCUCCCCGGCAAAAACGUUGUCACAACGUUGCUAAAUGCUGGAGGAGAAAAGACUAUUCAGACGGUGCCAACAGGAGCAAAGCCAGCUAUUAUCACUGCUACAAGACCCAUCACCAAAAUGAUUGUAACUCAGCCAAAAGGUAUAGGUUCCACAGUUCAACCAGCAGCUAAAAUCAUCCCAACAAAAAUUGUUUAUGGGCAGCAAGGGAAAACACAGGUUCUUAUUAAACCCAAACCAGUGACAUUUCAGGCCACAGUUGUUAGUGAACAAACGAGGCAACUGGUCACAGAAACAUUACAACAAGCAUCCAGGGUGGCAGAGGCUGGUAAUUCAUCUAUUCAAGAAGGAAAGGAAGAACCACAGAGUUAUACAGAUAGUAGUUCCUCUUCUACAGAGUCCUCCCAGAGUUCCCAAGAUUCCCAGCCUGUAGUUCAUGUAAUUGCUUCCCGGCGUCAGGAUUGGUCAGAACAUGAGAUUGCAAUGGAGACUAGCCCCACCAUAAUUUAUCAGGAUGUAUCCAGUGAAUCACAAUCAGCUACUUCAACAAUCAAAGCUCUCUUAGAACUCCAACAGACAACAGUGAAGGAAAAAUUGGAAUCUAAACCAAGACAACCCACUAUUGACCUGAGUCAAAUGGCAGUGCCUAUUCAGAUGACCCAGGAAAAGAGACAUUCUCCUGAAAGUCCAUCAAUUGCGGUGGUAGAGUCAGAACUAGUUGCUGAAUACAUCACUACUGAACGCACUGAUGAGGGGACAGAGGUUGCUUUUCCCCUUCUAGUCAGCCACCGCUCCCAGCCCCAACAGCCCUCCCAGCCUCAGCGGACCCUCCUCCAGCAUGUGGCUCAGUCACAGACUGCAACACAGACAUCCGUGGUGGUGAAGUCCAUCCCAGCUUCUUCCCCUGGAGCAAUCACCCACAUAAUGCAGCAGGCAUUAAGCAGUCACACUGCUUUUACCAAACACAGCGAGGAACUUGGAACUGAGGAGGGCGAGGUUGAAGAGAUGGACACUUUAGACCCUCAGACAGGCCUGUUUUAUCGAUCUGCCCUGACUCAGUCACAGUCAGCUAAGCCGCAGAAACUUAGCCAGCCACAGCUGGAACAGACUCAGCUGCAAGUGAAAACUCUGCAGUGCUUCCAGACUAAACAGAAGCAGACCAUCCACGUGCAGGCAGACCAGCUCCAGCACAAACUCCCGCAAAUGCCCCAGCUUUCCAUCAGGCAUCAAAAACUCACCCCUCUCCAGCAAGAACAAGCACAGCCCAAGCCAGAUGUACAGCACACACAGCAUCCCAUGGUGGCCAAAGACAGGCAGCUUCCUACCUUAAUGGCACAGCCCCCACAGACUGUAGUACAGGUGCUUGCCGUGAAAACCACGCAGCAGCUCCCUAAACUGCAGCAGGCUCCGAACCAACCAAAAAUCUACGUGCAGCCCCAAACCCCCCAGAGCCAAAUGCCGCUCCCAGCCUCUUCAGAGAAACAGCCGGCAAGCCAGGUGGAGCAGCCAAUUAUAACCCAAGGAUCCUCUGUUACAAAGAUAACUUUUGAGGGGCGCCAGCCUCCCACAGUUACAAAGAUAACUGGUGGCAGUUCUGUGCCUAAGUUGACAUCACCAGUUACAAGCAUAUCUCCCAUUCAGGCCUCUGAGAAGACAGCAGUGUCAGACAUUUUGAAAAUGUCUUUGAUGGAAGCUCAGAUUGAUACAAAUGUAGAGCAUUUGGUAGUGGAUCCCCCAAAGAAGGCUCUUGCCACUAGUGUGCUCACUGGUGAAGCAGGAUCAUUACCCUCCACCCAUGUGGUGGUGGCAGGGAUGGCGAAUUCCACUCCCCAGCAACAGAAAUGUAGAGAGUCCUGUUCAAGUCCAUCUGCUGUUGGCCCUCCCCUAACGACAAGGAAAAUCGAUGCACCAGGAGUGCCUGCGACAGGCCAGUUCAUGCGUAUUCAGAAUGUAGGCCAAAAGAAAGCUGAAGAGAGCCCAGCAGAAAUUAUCAUCCAGGCCAUUCCCCAGUAUGCUAUUCCUUGCCACUCCAGCUCCAACGUGGUCGUAGAGCCCAGCGGGCUCCUUGAACUGAACAAUUUCACCAGUCAGCAGUUGGAUGAUGAUGAGACGGCCAUGGAGCAGGACAUAGACAGUAGCACAGAGGAUGGAACUGAACCCAGCCCCUCUCAGAGUUCUGCUGAGCGAUCCUAGUGUUUGGACACAGGAGUGCACUUUAAAACCUACUUGGUUACCAAGUGUCCAGGGAAGCCCUUGUAUUUUGAUGUCUAAAGAGAGCACUUUGCCCAUGCUUAGACUGUGGACCCUGAAACAGCAGUGUUUCAACAAGAAUUGCUGCAGGAGUAGCAUUUUAAAACAAGAUAAAACUCACAGGGGAAUGUACUUUUUUUUAGAAAAAGAAAAAAGAUGCACAUCUACGGUGACAUAAGACCUGAUAUUCUUUCUCUGUUGGACCAUGGCUAAUGGAAAAGUUUGUCUUGCAGUGGAAAGAGUCUUUUCCUGUGAAUGUUCCUCAACUGGUUUCUACUGAGCAAACACCAUCAAAAAAGGAGAAUGUGAAUAGUUUGUAUUUUGAAACAGUGUGUCAGGAACAGUGGUUUUUUUUUAAAAUCUUGUAUGUUUUUGC